AUGGCCCAUCCAACUGGCGACAAGGUUGACUCCCAUCUGAAUGUUCAGACGGGCCAACUCUUUCAAGAGGGCCGAGAGGAACCCUAUCUGCAUGAUGCAGAGGAGAAGCAGGACGACAAGAAGGACAGUCCCGUCUAUAAUGACACCUUUGGCGAUGAAGAGUAUGCCGAGGUUAAAUAUAAGGUCUUGAGCUGGUGGCAAUGUGGUUUCCUCAUGGUUGCGGAAACCGUGUCCCUUGGUAUCCUGUCGCUGCCUGCUGUUGUCGCCACUCUGGGUCUUGCUCCUGCUAUUGUCCUCAUUGUUGGCCUCGGGCUUCUGGCUACCUACACCGGUUACGUCAUCGGUCAGUUCAGAUGGCGCUAUCCCCAUGUCCAGAAUCUGGCCGAUGCCGGUGAGAUCCUAUUUGGGUCUAUCGGUCGAGAGAUCUUCGGUAUCGGACAGCUGCUGCUCGUCAUAUUCAUCAUGGCGAGUCAUCUGUUGACCUUCUCGGUCGCCAUGAACACCAUCACGGAACAUGGAACUUGCUCCAUCGUUUUUGGUGUUGUCGGUCUCGUGAUCUGCUACCUCCUGGGUCUACCUAGGACGUCUGCGAAUGUGUCCUAUCUCUCUGUUGCUUCUUUCAUCAGUGUGUUCUCCGCCGUGAUGAUCGUUAUGAUUGCCGUCGGUGUGGAACGUCCUUACAAGGGAACCCUUGAAGCAACGGUGGAUACCAGCUUGUAUGAAGCAUUCCUUGCUGUCUGCAACAUUGUCUUCUCCUUCUCGGGUCAUGUCGCAUUCUUCGGCUUCAUGUCCGAAUUGAAGGACCACCGGGAGUACCCCAAGGCCCUGUGUCUUCUCCAGGGUCUCGACACCAUUCUCUACCUGGUCACUUCCGUGGUGAUCUACAUUUAUGCGGGGCCUAAUGUCACGUCCCCUGCACUAGGCUCCGCUAGUGAACUCGUGGGCAAGAUUGCCUACGGAAUCGCCCUCCCUACUAUCAUCAUCGGUGGCGUUGUGAAUGGCCAUGUCGCCUGUAAAUAUGUCUAUGUCCGUAUCUUCCGUCACGGAGACCGGAUGCACAGCCGCGACCUCGUGGCAACUGGAUCCUGGGUGGGCAUCGCUUUGGGAUUGUGGAUCAUUGCCUGGAUUAUUGCAGAGGCCAUUCCUGUGUUCAAUGAUUUGCUGAGUUUGAUUGCGUCCCUUUUCGCUAGUUGGUCUACAUUCGGCUUCAGCGGCAUGUUCUGGCUCUACCUCAACAAGGACCGACUGUUCUCUUCGCCUAAGAAGAUUGCACUGACUAUCUUGAACGUUAUUAUAAUCGGCAUUGCAGCUUGCAUUUGCGGCCUUGGACUCUACGUCUCCGGUCGGUCCCUUCACGACGACGCCAACAGCAGCAGUUUCUCGUGUGCCAGUAAUGCUUAG